CAAACAUCUCCUUGAUAUUUUUUUCUCUUUGUAUUUCUCUUUUCCUUCCUCUUCCCCAGACUCUCAUAUGUGUGUACUGUACUUUCCAAAUCGCCAGGAAAUCAAAGAUUUGUUGUGUUUUUUCACAGUAUAAUGUCCGUCUUGUGUGGUUUUAAGUAUCUCUGAUUGGUAUUGGUGAAGUCUGAAGAAAAAACAUCAAAUCAUCUUUUUUCCACUUUUUCUCUUUUCAUUCCUAAUUCUUCUCCCUCGCCCCAGCUCUUCUACCCUUUUGCUGGGUAUUAUUGCUUAACUUGCUUUCCCCCUUCUUCUCUUUCACCACGCUGCUCUUUACUGGACAUCUGAAAGGUGGGGACGCAUGCAACAUGUAUUCAAACAAUUUGACCUCCCCAGGUCCUUAUCAGCGCCCCUCUCUGCCCCCUAUCCCCUCUGACCCUGUCCAUUGCCAGGAGGAUGCCAGCCAGGAGGGUAGCUCCUCCUCCAGGCAGUCUCUCUGUUGUAAGAACAGCUGGCAGAUAAAAUGUCAGGACGGUGAGACAUGGAGCAGUGCUGAGGAGGUGCCGCCUGUCCCUGGCAAGCUCAAGUCACGCAGCUGCGAUGACUUACUCAAUGAUGGGCAUUCUGGCUCAGGCGGGCGCAACGCCACCCGCUCAGAAAGUGCUGGGUCACUGGUUUGUGACGGGAAUCCCUCAGGUUCGACUGGUUCCGUCUCCACUCGCUCAUUGCCUCGCCUCCACCGCCGACGGGCACAUGAUUCACCGGGUUUUCUCCAGCUCUAUCGUAAGAUGCACCAGAUUGACCGAGCUCAGCUCAUCCCAUCUGAGGUCAUCCGUUCAGUCCGCACUCGCAUCCUGGAACUGGAGCGCCAACCUCACCUGCAUCGACAUCGCCUCUCUCCUUGGACACCUUCUUGGGGCGUGGAGGUGCCGCGCGACAUGGUGCCAAACCGCAUUUCUGCAUAUGAGCGCCUUAUUCAAAAGUCUAAAUCCAUGCCCAACUUGGGUGACAGUGAGGUGCCGUCAGGCACUACCACACCAGGUGGCUCUUCAUCUCGAGCCAGCAGUGGUGGCGGUGGCACACCCAACUUUCCAAAGCGCCGUUUUUCCAUAGAAUCUUUACUAGAGGAAGACAACAACGGCAACAGUGGAACAGUACCUCACACCAUGGAUCACUUGCAUCGACCUCGUAGCCCACCUGAGGGCCAGCCUCGUGUUGGGCCAGAGCCCAGCCGUGGGCGGUCCUUUCCUGCUCCUCCUGUUCCUCAAGGCCCACAAGUCAACCCGGACUACUCCGACAGUGAACAGGACGCUAUUGCGUCAGACCUCAGUGACUUCAUACAGGUGGAGGGCUCCUCAUUUUGCAGUGAGAGUGACUUUGACCAUUGCUCACUUACCUCCUCUGAGAGCUUAUACGGCUCCUCCACCCUUCACCACCACCACCACCUCCGUCAUCACCACCACCAUCACCACCACCACCACCCUGGUCAUCAAAGUCUCGGCCAGAGCCAGGGCUACCAACACCGCCACCUCAUCAGCUCCUGCAAAGGCCGCUGCCCGGCCUCUUACACCCGUUUCACAACAAUGCUUCGCCAUGAGAGAGAACGUGCUCGGCAGGAGCGCCAGAGACCUCCACAGCAGAGCCGCGGCAGCCAUUCCCAAAUCCAGAGCUCACAGUCCCAGCAAGCGAUGUCCAAGCUGGCCUUCCUGGUCAGCCCAGUGCCUUUCCGCAGAAAAAAGGGCUCACCACCUACCUCUAGAAGAAGCAGUGGUGGCGGAGAUCGAGGUAGCAGACCCAAGUCCAAACAGGCCAUUUAUGAAGCACUAGAUGCAGCCUUGAGAGACAUAUAUGAGCACAUUCAAGCAGAGAGAGGCCACAGAGGAACUAGGGCACCUGAUGAUAGCAUCCUGAGGAGAAUACUGGCAGAACUGCUGCCAAAUGUGCCUGAACGCAGUUCCUCAUUACGAGGGAGAAGGGGGUGUUGGCAUGGGGGUCAGUCCUCUGCAUCUUUGUACCCAGAUGGGAGCCCUACUGGGUAUGCCUCACACAGAGGGGAUCCCUCCACACCACGGCUACAGUCACCACUCAGUGCCUGUUACGGACGCCACUCAGACACCUCAAACAAUAAUGAGUAUGGAGAGGAGCAGGGAAAUGGAAAUGGUCUCUGUUAUUCAGGUGGAGAUAAUACACAUAUCACACCACAGUUAUGCACAUGUACACUUUGUCAUGUAGCCAGUCAUAUCUACACAUAGUUUUGUUUCUGCAUAAACACAAAUAUACAUCCACAAACAUUUACCUCUAUGUCUCUUUCAGUAUUGCAUGGGCUCGUUGCCCUUUACCCCUCAUUGGUCAGCCAGUACAUCCAUUACUGUGCUUUUCUGUACAUUUAUAUGCUAUUCAGUUAAAUCUGUUUACUGUAAAUUCUCAAAUAAAACCUGGUGUUAUGGAAUAGCCAUUCUUUUGUUUCGUGUUAAACUUAAUGUCAGUGAAACUAAAAACUUCUACUGAUGUUUCACAUUAAAGCUCUGCCACUAAAAUGGGGAGGUUUUGUCUUUGAGCUACUGGAAACCUAAUUUGAAACCUUGUAGAAAAUGCUGACUUUGACAGAAGCUUAAUGCUGAACAGAACAAUCGUCAAGUUGGAACAAUUUGGGGUACAAUUAUUUUAUAAGAGGA